AUGACGUCUUACAUUAACGCGUCGUGCUGGGAGUCGCUGAUCGAGGGCCGGCCCAUCGCAACCGUCGGCUCAAAAACGCGGGUGAAGCGGAAAGGUGGUAGUGGCGGAGGCAGAGGUGGCGGAGGAGCACGAGGUGGAGGUGGACGUGGGUCGUCAAUAGGUCGUACAUCCGGUGGUGGAUUCGGUGGAUCGUCAUUCAAGGGGUUUGGUCGUUCAACGUCACGGACGUCGUCAUUGCUUCGAAGCGGAAGGGUUCGGACUGGCGGUCGGGGGACCAGUAGCUAUGGAAUCUACGGUUACUCGCCGUCUUCUGGAGGCUACUACUAUCGACAACCUACCGAAGCCAGCGAAAACCAAACCGCCAACAACUACUAUGUGCCAUCCACCUACUCCUACCAGCAAGGCUAUAUCAGCAUGGCCUACACCACCAGCUAUGGGCACGGCAAAAAUCCGGACCCGAAUUUUGUCCUGGAUAAGACGAAGAUCGAUAAACCGUUCUGGCUAGACGUUCGCUUUACGAAAAAAACACCCCAGGGAAAUAACGAGACUUUUAAAAUAUCGUUUGACUUCUGGAGCAAUACGGUCAAGCUUAAUACCUAUGAUGGCGCGUGGUUGAAGGAAGAUAAGGCCGAUUUUAUGCCGAUCGAUAAUUGGAGGGUAUUCGAUUUAACGAUCAAGCCUGUCGACGGUACUGACGCGGAGCGGUUUUGCCUGACGCUAGCUGACGAUUGGGAUAUCGUCAAUGCUACAUGUGUUGUCUGCGCAUAUUUUGGGGCAGAGCCAAAAAUCGUCUAUGAAACCUAUAGAGAUGGCAGACAACAAUUUUAUCACGAAGCUCCGAAUCCGAUCCCAGAUCCGGAAGAUGACGACCCAAAAAUUGACCUCCGCAUUCGUUUCCUACCCGACUUCGUCCAAAUCUUUGCGCAAAGGGGAGAAGUCGGGAUUUUUCCGAAACUCCCCGAAGUGCAUCAGGUGCGCCACGUUAAAUUAACGGGCGACGUCGCCAACCUGGCCCUGCUGCAGAUUGAGGGUGGAUACUAUGAGACGAAGCAGAAAAAAGGAUUCAACUACGGCGAACGGCUGGAUAUGACGUUGAAGCCGGCGGCACCUUACGACCCGGCCGUCUGGGGGGCAUUGCUCGAAGGACAGCCCAGGAAAAGCCUCCGCGUCAGCGAUGGGCGUGGAAUGGCAAAGUACAAGGGAUCUGGACGCUCCAAGAGUCGUGUUUCGUCGUUGGACGGGAGUUGGUUUGGCGGAAGGAUUGGGGCUGGACAUAGCGACUACGGAAUCUACAAGUAUUCGCCGACUUAUGGAGGAUACUACAAUGGCCGAACAUCUUAUAAGCCAUCCCCGUCAACCCCGCAUUUCUACACCCCGGCCUCCUAUUCCUACCUCCAUUGGGCUAACGAAACAAUCGUCCAUGUCCCCAGCUAUGGCCACGGGAAAAACGCGUAUCCCAAGCUUUUCUUCAGCGAGGCAAGGAUAUCCAAACCCGUUUCUAUGCAAAUAAUUUUCUACCAAGGCUACGAGUACAUAGAUGACCUGAAAACUUUUACGAUUACCUUCUGGUUCAGUGACAACACUGUUGUGCUGACCACGGGUAGUGGAUGGGGCAAAGAUCAGGCCAAUUUUUUGCCGAUUGAUGACUGGAGGCUAUUCGAUCUAACGAUAAAGCCCGUCGAUGGGCGCUGGAAAAUCUACAUUAACAACUUUGAAUUUGCCACCUAUGCGGAGAAUUCGUGGUUAAGGGACUCGGAUCGUUUCGAGAUCGUUGGCGAUGUGGAGGUUCUCGGUCUCAAAGCUGACGGUCGGUUACUACGCGAAGAUAUUCGACAAUCA